GCAUUCAAGAAGCUGACAUUUUUGUGCUGUUUGUGCCCAUACAACCAAGUGAAACGCUGUGUUACUUCAAAGAUCAGAAGAUAUCUAACGAUGUCUCCAUCCCGUAAGAAAAUUUCGCUGACCAUCAUGUUGUGUUUGGUGAUUUCAACCCUGAUCACCUUGUGCUAUGCAGCUAACUCAAACAGUAGCGGCAAAACAAAUCCAAAUAUGGGCACACACCAGUUUCCACUAUACGGACCUUGUGGUUAUGGUGCCUGUGUUUGCACCCCAGGAGUCCCAGGUAUCCCGGGAACCCCUGGAACAUCGGGACCAGCAGGCAUUGCGGGAUCACCCGGCCCGCAAGGAUCCACGGGACCACGUGGAGACAGAGGCGAGGCAGGGAAACCUGGAACUGAAGGCCCCCAAGGCCCUAAGGGACCUCCAGGGACAUUGGGGCCGAAAGGCACCACGGGCCCAGCGGGCCCAAGAGGAACAAAAGGCGACGCCGGCGAUAAAGGAAGCCAGGGCCCCCCAGGCCCUAAGGGACCUCAAGGAUCCACGGGCAAAGUGGGCCUAGGGGGAGCCAAAGGUGACGUAGGCAAUACAGGAAGUCAAGGUCCGCCUGGGCCCCAGGGACCUCCAGGGGCAUUGCGAAGUAACUGGAAACAGUGCGUGUUUAAAAGUCUUAGCGAUGGCAAGGACACUGGAUUAAUCAAGGAUUGUAUUUUUAAGAAAAAGGCAGACAAUACAGCUCUUCGUGUCUUCUGGAGUGGUCCUCUUCGAAUCCAUAACUGCCAUAAUUGCUGCAGGCGAUGGUAUUUCACUUUCAAUGGUGCCGAGUGCUUUGCCCCGGCGGCGAUUGAUGGUGUAGUCUACAUGAUACAUGGAAAUGGAGGCAAGAAAGAUUUACACCGCGUCCGGCAAAUCGAAGGCGUGUGUGAAAAAGUCCAGAAGGGCACUGUGCGCGUGGGAUUCUGGGUCGGUAACUGUACUGGUUACGGAUCGGCUGACGCGCACACGGGUUGGAGCUCAGUGUCCCGGAUCUACGUGGAAGAAGUACCACCCCCACAGCCUUGGUUAUGCCUUCUGGGUCUUGCUCACUUGAGCGAAACCCCGUACAGAGUGCAAGGAUACACCAUGAAAAUUACGGCGGGACAAACUGUAAGCCAAAAGAAAGGGGAAGGGGCUAUCAGGGGUAGAUGUGGCUUAGGGAAUGGGGGCGAAACAAAAAGGAAGCCAAGAGAAUGGGGCAAGGCUAUAAUGGGACGAGACGGCGAGGGAAUUGGGGCGAGACAAAAAGGAAGCAAAGAGAAUGAGACGAGACUACAAUGGGACGAAAGGGACAGUAAAAAAACCAAGAGAAUGGGACGAGACUAUAAGGAAAAGGAGAAGUCGAGGGAAUUGGGGCGAAACACAAAGGAAGCCAACAGAAUGCGGCGAGACUAUAAUGGGACGUCAGGGCGAGGGAAUUGGGGCGAGACAAAAAGGAAGCCAAGAGAACGGGGCGAGACUAUAAUGGGACGAGAGGACGAGGGAAUCGGAGUGAGACAAAAGGAAGCAAAGAGAAUGAGGCGAGACUAUAAUGGUACGAAAGGGCAAGAGAAUGGGGACGAGACAAAAAUGAAGCCAAUAGAAUUAAGCGAGAAAAGAAGGGGAAACAGAAGGCGGAGAGGAAAGUGGGACGAGACAAACAGUAAGCUAAGAGAAUGGGACGAGACUACUUCGGAGGAAGGGCGAGCGAACCUGGGCGAGACAAUUGGACUUGGCGAAGAGCUGUGGCGAGACAAGAAGAAACCCAGGGGAAUUCCGUCGGGGCUGUUAAGAGAGGAUAGGAUCAGAAGAUAUCAAAAGACGUGUCCAUCCCAUUCGAAAAUUUCACCGACCAUCAUGUUGUGUUUGCUGAUUUCAACCCUGAUCGCCUUGUGCUACGCAGCCAACAACAGCAGCGAAAAAACAACUCCAAACAUGGGCACUCAGCAGUUUCCACCAUACGGACCUUGUGGGUAUGGUGCCUGUUUUUGCGCGCCAGGAAUCCCAGGUAUGCCGGGAAGCCCUGGACCCGCGGGACCAGCAGGCAGUGCGGGAUCAGCCGGUCCGCAAGGAUCCAUGGGACCACGUGGAGAUAAAGGCGACGCAGGGAAACCAGGAUGUGAAGGCCUCCCGGGCCCCAAGGGACGUCCAGGGAUAUUGGGGUUUAAAGGGACCACGGGCCCAGCGGGACCACGGGGAGCUAAAGGUGACGCUGGCGAUAAGGGAAGCCAGGGUCCUCCAGGCCCCAAGGGACCUCAAGGGACCACUGGCCAAGCGGGCUCAAGAGGAGCCAAAGGUGACGCCGGCUAUAAAGGAAGCCAAGGCCCUCCAGGUCCGAAGGGCCCUCCAGGGACGUUGGGAAGUAACUGGAAACAAUGCGUUUGGAAAAAUAUCAACGAUGACAAGGACACUGGAUUAAUGAAGGAAUGUGUUUUCAAGAAAACGUCGGACAUAACAGACCUGCGUGUCUUCUGGAAUGGCAACCUUCGCCUUUAUGGCUGCCAUGGUUGCUGCAGACGAUGGUACUUCACUGUCAACGGUGCUGAGUGCUCUACGCCAGCAGCGAUUGAUGGUAUAGUCUAUAUGGUAUAUGGAAAUGGUGGCAAGAAAAAUUUACAUCGUGUACGACAAAUCGAAGGAGUGUGUGAAAAAGUCCGCAAGGGCAUAUACAGGGCACAGUACGCGUGGGAUUCUGGGUCGGUAACUGUGCUAGUUACGGAUCUGCUGACGCGCGAACGGGUUGGAACUCAGUGUCCCGGAUCUACGUGGAAGAGGUACCACCCCCACAGGCUUGAAAAGGCAGAUUACGAAGCUUUGUUCUACGAGGGUUAGAACUUAACUGAGGCGCUUUUAUAGGUAACUGUGAACAGAGCAAUCAUUGUGAAAUCUAAGAAACAGAUUUUAAAAUGGGUUUUGUAGGUGUGAUUGAUGAACAGCAAGUUGCUCAAAGUUCUGAUCAAAUUUGAUUAUCAGGCGAAAUCAGGGCACUUUAAAAUACUUCAUUUUAAGUGAUCUUCUUGAACCACGUAGAGCAUAAAGCUGUUUUUUAGUUUGCUGGUUAAGGGAUAUGCAAAUAAAGAAGAGGUAAUUGAAUACCCAAGAACUUUUGUGUGAUUCUACGUUACUUUCCAAGAAGAUUCUUAAGGGACAAAGGAAAAAAAAAACGGACUUUCAAGCAAGCAUUCUCAAUUGGAUAAAUAUGUCAUUCUUCUUGAUACAAAUACUAAAAUAUAAAAUAUCAAGCUGAUUUUGCACAAUGUGCAGUUCACUAUUAACCCAACCAAAAGAUUUAAUCUGGCAUUAGCUCCACUCAAUGUUAGUUUUUAAUCUGGCAUCAGCUCAACUCAAUCUUAGUUUUUAAUCUGGCAUCAGCUCAACUCAAUCGUAGUUUUUAAUCUGACAUCACCUCAACUCAAUCUUAGUUCAUCUGAAGCAUCAAUGCAGUACAUUCGUAUAGUAUUAAAUUAGGGGUCUGAAGCAAAGACCACAGUGAUGACGAAGACAACGUUAAGUAAAAAAUAUAUUUAGAUAUUUAACCCUAUAAUUCCGUAAUUAUCCACUGUUCAAUCAGAGAUUUGUUCAGUAUCCCUAUGGGUCUAAAAGCAUGCUCAAGUUUGAUAAGUACAAAACGGGAAUACGAAAAUCAGCCGUCGGGGUUCAUGUUCUUCAAACCAAGCCGAACUUGGUUAGUUCGGCCAGUUAGUUCACGUUGCUGUUUUGCAGGGGACGGCUGAGAAUUGUACAAAGAUUUAUAAUGCACUUGCACAGCCAUUGUUCUGCUAGUUAAACCUUUUGUUUCAAGACGUUCUCCUAAUGUCUGUUUCUCGUGUGCGAGAAAUAAUAGCGACAUAAUCAAUCCACAUCUUACUUUGACUGACGCUCAAAUCUCACUUCAGCUUGGCCGUGAGAGAUCUGGGUUAGAAAUUCACAUAAUAGCUAAGCAACAGCCAGUCAGCAUUGCCACAGCACGUCAUCACUGUCGAAGCAAGUUUCUCUUGCGCAAAAGACUCUGACCAACGUACCCGGGGAAACGUCGAUUGGGACAAAAACAAAAAGCAAUCAGACGUCUGAAAACUAAAUCGUGGAAAUAGCGAGCUGCGAAUGAGAAAUAAACCUUAAGGCACGUAAAAGCUUUUAACUGCGAAAAUACACCUGCAAGAUUGAAAACAACAGAAACUAAAACUGGUUAACAGCACGUUGAGUUAGCAACGAAGAUAUUAAAAAAAAGAAACAUACUGAUAGUGUUAUUAUUCUUGCCCUUCAUAAGCGACUGACUAGCUCAGAGGCACAGGAAGCAAUAAUACGUAAGUAGUAAAGGCUCUUCUUUAAAUCAUAGGCUGGUUUUCAAUAGUGCAUAUGAAUAAGUAAAGGCAUGACCAACUUUAGCAGACGCAAGAAGAUGAUAUGUCCAUAGUUACUGCCGUUUAUUAAGGAAUUUUCCAAACAAAAGGUCGUACUUAAUUAAAGGGACACUUCUAAAAGCACGGCUUUGUAAAAAAUAUGUAAUGGUCUACUUUUGUUAAAAAUUACAAUAGAACACUGAAUGUUGAAAAAGACCAAUAUUAUUAGUUAUUAAUGUCAAUACAAGGUUGUGAUGUUAAAUUGAAAAGUCUAACACACUUCGAGCUAAUUAUACUAAAUGUCUACAUUUCACUAAAUAUCUUCCUCCUGGUGUUUUAAGUGUAAUUUCGUGAAUAACUGAAGGUACUCAGUCAUAAUGUACUAGCUGCUUUGACCGAAAAUGCUUAAGUAAUGCAAAUCAGCUUUUAACUUCCUUUUUCUUCCUCUUAUCAGUUCUGUUUAUAAAAUCUGCUGAUCCCUGAUUUCUUGUAUUCUUCAUUUUAAAUUUGCUCAGAUUUAAAUAAGGACGCGCUUUUUUUUUCUUUUUUUUUUUUUU